CAUUAUAUUUUAUUUUUGCUUGUGUGAGUGAGGCCACUUUCUUUAAUCAAAGAGGACACCAACCCUACUGUGUAUGGUAUUUUUUAAUUAAUAUUUUUGUGCAGAGAGAGGGGGAGAGAGAGAGAGCGAGAGAGAGAGAGAGAGAGAGAGAGCCUGUUCAUGGAUCCCAAGGGCUCAAAGCAGCAGCCACAGGGGGUGCCUGAUUUCUUGAGCCUCCCACAGCCAAACACAAACAAUAACAUGGGUGAGAACAACAAGCCGGCUGAAAUCAAGGACUUCCAGAUUGUUGCGGUUCCAGACAAAGAAGAUGCCUCCUCCGCCGCCGCCGCCGCCGCCAAGAAGCAGCUGCAGCUGGCUCCGAAAAGGAGCUCCAACAAAGACAGACACACCAAAGUAGAAGGCAGAGGGAGGAGGAUAAGGAUGCCGGCGCUGUGUGCCGCUCGAAUCUUCCAGUUGACCCGAGAAUUGGGACACAAAUCCGAUGGGGAGACCAUUCAGUGGCUGUUGCAGCAGGCGGAGCCGUCGAUAAUUGCCGCCACGGGGAGCGGGACCAUCCCAGCGUCGGUUUUGGCGGCGGCGGGGGGCUCAGUUUCGCAGCAGGGGAGCUCCAUAUCGGCGGGAUUGCACCAAAAGAUUGAGGAUUUGGGUGGCCAAAUUGGGGGCCCUGGAGCUAGUAGGAGCGGUUGGGCAAUGGUUGGUGGGAAUUUGGGGAGACCCCAUCCCCAUGGCCAUGUGGCCACGGCUACAGGGAUAUGGCCCCCUGCUGCUGCUGCUGCGGCUGGUUUUGGGUUUCAGCCUUCGUCAUCAUCAUCAUCGGGUCCAUCAACGCCCAACUUGGGAACUGAAAGCUCCAAUUACCUACAGAAGAUUGGGUUCCCUGGGUUUGACUUGCCAGCCACCAAUAUGGGUCCUAUGAGUUUCACCUCUAUUUUGGGCACUAGUAGCCAGCAGCUGCCUGGGUUGGAGCUCGGCCUCUCACAAGAUGGCCAUUUCGGGGUUUUGAAUCCUCAAGCGUUCAGCCAGAUUUACCAGCAGAUGGGGCAGGCCAGAAUGCACCAGCAACAGCCGCAACCAUCUUCCAAGGAUGAUUCUCAGGGAUCAGGACAGUAGAGGAACUGCAGAAAAUGGUACAGAGAGAGAUUCAAUUUGGAAUUGGGAGGACCUGAAAAACAACACAAAACAAAACAAAAAAGUAGCAGUUUUGAGCAGAUGGGUGUUGUAGUUGGUUUAUGGUUUCUGUAGCCGUGCAAUUGCAAACGUUGAGAGAAACAGAUGGCUGAGAAUUCAACAGGGGACUACUGGCUUAGGUUUGGCCCGCCUUUUUUUUUUGUCUCCACAGCUUCAUCCAGGUCUCCAAAUAGAGGUGGAAUUGUGCAGGGCCAAAUUGCUUGCUUUUGGGCUUUAACUUCUUGUUUAUUUUCAGCAGGUGUGUUGAUGAUAGCAGUGUAAUAUAUCCUUUACUAUUUUGUUUUCUUUAGGUCUUGAGUAUGGAUUGGUGAGCAGUUUGUGGGAUUAAACAUACAGUUUGACAGUCAUAUGACUGGGAUUUUCUCUUGGUGAUGGUGAGAGUUUUUGGCUAAAUAAGAUUAUAUCCUCCUCCUCUGCACACCAAGGGCAAAUCACCCUCCAUGUCUCGCUCUCUCUGGCAGAUGCCCUUUAAUUGCAAACCAUUUGUGCGCGUACAAUCAAUCUUAAUAGUCGCCGGCUAACUCAUCCUCUAUGUUUUUGAAGUGCCAUUCUGAUAUGUUACUGAAAUCACAUCUGCGUCAUGAUUCUCACAUUUUCUUGGAACCCAUUAAUUCGGCUUUUUCCCUUCCUUGACUGUCAGUACUCUCUCUCUCUCUCUCUCAUUCUUCUUCAUCAAGUCGAUCUCAAAGGAUGAGGAGCGGCUCGUUGGAUUUUGUGUCCCUUGUAUUAUUUGUUCUUGGUGUAAAUCAAAGAUCUUACUUCUGCUCUUAAAAUUUGCAGUAAGACAUAAAGUCAGUUGGAUUAUUGUGCUUCUUAAUAUUAUUUUGGCUAGGUGGAUUCUUGCGCUUC